CAUGUUCUGGGUGCCCUGAGCCUACAGAAGCCCAUGGGGAGCCCUAGACUAGCAGCCCUGCUCCUGCCUCCUCUCCUACUGCUCUUAGGUCUUUCUGCCUCUGCCAGGACUGGCUACUCCUACUUGCCCCGUUGGAACACCGGCUGUCUGCUGGCCUCCCACAUGGAUGACAGUUUCUCUGGCCUUCGGUGGAGCUGGUUCCAUUUCCUGGUGCAGAAAUCCCAGAGGUCUUACAGGCUCAGGUUCUGUAGGGAACACAGGAUGUCAGCUUCCGCUCAGAGGAAGCUGAAGGUUCACAUCCCCGUCCCCUCCCCAGACAUCCCCCAUGAGGUGCUGCGCUUUAAAAGGACCCAACCUACAGAUCCGGAGGCAAAGGAAGGUCCCCCCAGACUGGACUCGCAGAAAGAUGGAAGACCUGAGUUCUCCUUUGAUUUGCUGCCUGAGACACGGGUUAUUCGGGUGACCAUUCCUCCAGGCCCAGAGGUCAGCGUGCGUCUUUGUCACCAGUGGGUAUUGGAGUGCGAAGAGCUGAGCAGUCCCUUUGAUAUCCAGGAAAUUGUGCCUGGGGGCCACAUUGUUGACCUGCCUUAUGAAUUCCUUCUACCCUGCCUGUGCAUAGAGGCGUCCUACCUGCAAGAGGACACUGUGAGGCGGAAAAAAUGUCCCUUCCAGAGCUGGCCUGAAGCUUAUGGCUUGGAUUUCUGGAAGUCAGUGCGUUUUACUGACUACAGUCAGCACAACCAGAUGGUAAUGGCCCUGACCCUCCGCUGCCCACUGAAGCCAGAGGCCUCCCUCUGCCAGAGACAUGGCUGGCAUGCCCUCUGUGAAGACCUCCCUAAUGCCACAGCUCGAGAAUCAGAGGGGUGGUAUGUUUUGGAGAAAGUGGACUUGCACCCCCAGCUCUGCUUCAAGUUCUCUCUUGCCAACAGCAGCCAUGUGGAAUGCCCCCACAGGACUGGAUCUCUCAUGUGAUGUCCUCUCCCACUCUCCUGGGCAGUGUCAUCCUGGAAUGUCAGCCUGGACACACAGGCCCAGCAACUGAUCCUUCACUUCUCCUCAAGGACGCAUGCUACUUUCAGUGCAGCCUGGAGCCACACAGGUUUGGGGCAGGACAGCUUGGUGCCCCCUGUGUAUAGUGUCAGCCAGACCCAAGGCUCCAGUCCGGUGACACUAGACCUCAUCAUUCCCUUCCUGAGGCCAGGGAGCUGUAUCCUGGUAUGGCGGUCAGAUGUCCAGUUUGCCUGGAAACACUUCUUAUGUCCAGAUGUCUCCCAUAGACGGCUGGGACUCUUGAUCCUGGUACUGCUAGCCCUCACCACCCUAUUGGGUAUUGUUCUGGUCCUCGCCCACCGGCGCCCACUGUCUGGUUCCGGCAGAGGGCGGCCUGUGCUGCUGCUGCAUGCGGCCGACUCCGAAGUGCAGCGACGCCUGGUGGGAGCGCUGGCUGAAUUGCUGCGCGCCUCGCUGGGCGGAGGCCGCGACGUGAUCGUGGACCUGUGGGAAGGGACGCGCGUGGCGCGCGUUGGCCCGCUACCUUGGCUGUGGGCGGCGCGGGCGCGCGUGGAGCGGGAGCAGGGCACAGUGCUGCUUCUAUGGAGCAGUACCGGCCCCGCCUGCGGCCCCGACUCCUCCGUCGCGCCCCUGUGCGCCCUGCUCCGUGCUGCUCCGCGCCCGCUGCUGCUCCUCGCCUACUUCAGCCGUCUCUGCGCCAAGGGCGACAUCCCCCCACCGCUGCGCGACCUGCCGCGCUACCGCUUGUUGCGCGACUUGCCGCGCCUGCUGCGGGCUCUGGAUGCCGGGACUUCGACCCAAGCCACACGCUGUGGUCGCCUCGGGGCUCGGCCGUGCCUGCGGGGUCACCUGGCGUUGUGCCGUCGGCUCGAACGCGAGGCCGCCAAACCUGUGAAUCGAGGCUGA